CUAUUUUUGUGCUUUGGAAUUUGCGUUGUCCAUAAAUACCCCUCUCUCACUCUCUUUCUUUCACUUGUGUAAGUGAGCUUAACCUACUUUGCAGCAGUUUUGAGACGCCGUACGUUGUCGGUGGCAGUUGCGGUGGCGGUGAUACUUAAGAGAAGAUGAAGAAUAUGUGGAACAUAGUGCAUGCAUUGAAGCCAGCGCUGCUAAUGGUGUUGGUGCAGAUUGCAAAUGCUUGGGUCAAUGUGCUCUACAAGCUCGCCGUAAACGAUGGCAUGAACUUGAGGGUGAUUGUUGCCUAUCGCUAUGUUUUCGCAACUGUUUUCAUAGCUCCACUUGCUCUCAUUAUUGAAAGGAAGACGAGGACAAAGAUGACUUGGACAAUACUGUUUCAGGCAUUUCUGUGCGGCUUAAUUGGCGGAGCAUUGCCUCAAAAUUUAAACAUGGAAGCGCUUGCCUUAACUUCCGUAACGUUUACAACCGCAAUAUCAAACCUCAUUCCAGCCAUCACCUUUAUCAUAUCCCUCUCCUUGGGUUUGGAAAGAUUGAAUUUAAGAACAACAGCAGGGAAGGCCAAGAUAAUUGGAACAGUGACUGGAAUUGGGGGGGCAAUGGUACUGACUUUCGUUAAAGGCAAGGAAGUUGAUAUGCUGUCGUUCCACAUAAACCUUUUCAAUAACCAAAACGGCCACGUCGUACACACACAUGCUAGCUCUGGUCUUAUGACCAUAUUGGGGGCUCUCUCCUCUUUAGCCAGCAAUGUCUCUUAUGCUCUGUGGUUCAUCAUUCAGGCAAAGAUGAGUGAAAGAUACCCAUGUCCUUAUUCAAGCACAGCUUUGAUGUCUCUAAUGGGAGCACUGUUAUCCAUUUCGUUUGCUUUUUGCCUCGAGAGGGAUUUGAGUCAGUGGAGGUUGGGUUGGAAUGUUAGGCUAUUAACUGUAGCUUAUGCGGGUAUAGUGGUUUCUGGAGUGAUGGUAGCUGUGAUUUCGUGGUGUAUACAAAUGAGAGGCCCAUUAUUUGUGUCCGUUUUCAGCCCUCUAAUGCUUGUAGUUGUGGCCUUUGCUGGAUCCACGAUUUUGGACGAAAAGCUAUACGUGGGCAGCAUCAUUGGAUCAGUGUUGAUUAUUUGCGGAUUAUACGUAGUUCUAUGGGGUAAAAGCAAGGAGAUGAAGAAGAAUCAUCUGGUGCCAUCAGAAAGAACCCAUGAAUCCGACCCAGUUCAAAUAAUCGUCAAGUCUCAAGUUGAAGAUAAAACCAACCAUAAGAACAAUACCCUUAAUAAUGCAGCAAAUGCAGUUAGGGGUAAUGAAGAUUCAUUAGAAAAUGGAGGUAAUAAGCAUGUUACACAUACACACUAUAAAGGGAAAGAAGAAGAAGAAGUAAUAUAUCGGAAUGCCUCACAUACCUAAACGUUUCAUGUAACUUACAAAGAUUGAUAUUAUAGUACUGUAGUUUGAUUGCCUUCCUUUUCCAAUCGCCCAAAACAUGCUAUGGGCAUUUUUGGUACUGACGGAAAAGGAAAAGCACUACUCAGCAUAAUUCUCUUGGGUUUUCACUAUCUAUUGUAUCUGUUUGUUUGUUAGUAUUUUUUUUUUUCUCCUUCUUCGUCUUGAAAUCCAACUGUAAAGAACAAAGGGUGUAUUUAAUUGUAACAUAAAUUUGGAUAUGCUAACGCUUUGUU